AUGUACGCUCGUUACUUGCGUGCUGAUAGUUAUCGUCGUUCUCUAUCCUACCAAAAGCGCUACCUGCUUAUGCUGCUAGGUGACUUCCAAUAUCCUGAGUCUGCGGUUCUUGCCAUUUUAGGACGUAGUAACCUCACUGAGAUUUUAGCUGCCGGUGAACCAGAAAGUGGGUCUCUGACUGGCGAGUCUGAGUUUGGCCAGGCGAAUCACAAAGUUGGAUCCAAUGACUUAGAGACAGAAUCACAGACAAAUAGAACUCGGAAAAGACUGCCAUCCCUGCCUUUGAUCCGGUUUCGCGCUGCCGCGAGGACUGUUCUGGUUAUCCAUCGGUACGUGUAG